GCGCUCACCACCCUGUGCUCUUCCCUCCCUGCAGCCCAGGUCCGUGCCUUUUCCCCCUGUAGCGAUGUCCCGGUCUGCUGGUGUGGGGCUCUGCAGGAUGAGGAGGGUGGGAAGAAAAGAGCUGCUCCUCAGAACAUGCCUGCGCAGCCCUAAUACCUUCCUGCAGACACAACCAGUCCCCAGGCACAGAGGAGUUGUCCCUCCGUGGACAACGGGAGGACAAAAUCAUGUUGUGAGCAGCAAUGAUUGCGCUCAGCAUCUUAGACCCACAGGGAUCACCGAGUCCCACUCCUGGCUCCACGCAGGACCACCCCAAAACCAACCCCUACGUCUGAAAGCCGAGGCCUGCGUCCCACUUCGGGACGCGCCGUCCCGCUGCUGUCCCCGCCUCAUGCCGACGCGGGAGGCGUGCCGUGCCGUGCCGAGCCGUGCCGUGCCGGGCAGGGCGCAGCACGGUGCGGGUGGCCGUGCCGGGAUGGGUGCCGGGCGCCGGGCGCUGCUCUGGGCGCUGCUCUGGGCGCUGCGCUGCGGGGCCGAUGAUGCUGGUGGAAAUGGAGGCCAAAGGCCGUAUCCGUCACUCUCGGCGGCAGACCCAUUGGCAGAGUCCCACCGCCCCAAGCGAAGCCUCGCCGUUAGUCACCGGCCUCACCAGGGCACAAUACAGGCCUGGGAGGAGCCUUCAGCCAGCUCUCUGGGACAGAUUAAAUUUAACCCCACGGUGGGACACAUCGUGAUUAAUGAGCACAAGGAUGUCACAUUUAAUUGCUCCAUCAGAGUACCUCAGUUGCUGCUCCGGCCAGAUGCCCCUGGCAUUUCCUUGUGGAAGGAUGGGAGGGAACUGUACAUACUGGACCGCAUUGCCACCAGCCACUUCGAGAUCUCCGACGAGGAUGAGGUGGCCAUGACCUCCACCUUCAGGUAACCGGAGUCAUCCUCCUGCAGAUGGGGAGGAGGGAUGUCAGCGUGGCUCUUGAGAAGAGCAUCCGUGCUGCUCAGCGCUCAGAUAAUGGCUCCUACGUCUGCAAGCUCAACGUCUCUGGCAUGGAGAUUGUGUCAGACCCCAUCUUGGUGCAGCUGGAAGGGCUCCCUCACUUCAUUCAGCAGCCUGAGAAGCUGAAUGUCACCAAGAACAGUCCCUUCAACCUCACAUGCCAAGCUGUGGGCCCACCAGAGCCUGUGGAGAUCUACUGGUUCCGGAACAAUGUUCAGGUCAACGAGAAGCCCCACAUCUCCCCAUCAGUCCUGAUGGUGCCAGGUCUCAAUGAAACAGCACUGUUCAGUUGUGAGGCUCACAACAGUAAAGGGCUGACCGCUUCGAACCCAGGGCAGGUCAAUGUGAAAGGAAUGCCAUCUGCACCCACCAGCGUUCAUGUCCUAAAUAGAAUGGCCCACGGUAUUGUGAUCUCCUGGGUGCCGGGCUUCGAUGCAUUCUCUGCCUUGAGCAGCUGCAGUGUCCGGGUCAAGGAAGCUGUUCCACGAAGCAAUGUCUCACUUCUGCUCUUCAACACCUCGGUGCCUCCCCACGUGUAUCACAUCCAGCAGCUGUGGCCCAUGGCAGACUAUAACAUUAGUGUUUCCUGCAAGAAUGAAGUUGGCUGGUCGGCAUUUAGCCCCUGGAUAACUGCCAGUACCACGGAAGGAGCUCCUACAACCCCGCCACUGAACGUCACAGUGUCAUUCAAUGAAUCCAGCUCACUCCUGGAGAUCCGAUGGGUGAAGCCACCCCUGGAGAGGAUACAUGGGGAACUGCAGGGCUAUCGCAUCUGGCACAGCUGGCAGGACUCCAAGGGGUUGCAGAACAUCUCCUCUGAAGCCCAGCAGAGCAGCAGCGUGGCCCUCCUGCCCGUGGUGGCCACCAACGCCACGUGCUCCGUGCGUGUGGCUGCCGUCACCAAGGGGGGAGUGGGGCCCUUCAGCAGCCCGGUGGAGGUCUUCAUCCCCGACAGCGGGUUAAUAACCUCAGCUCCCUCUUCGACUCCAGCCUCUGGGAAUGCAGACUCCUUUAUCAUAGCCCUGGGCUUCAUCUGCGGGACGAUUGCUGUCGGGCUGAUCCUCUGCUUGUCCGUGGUCAUUCAGAAAAGAUGCAUGGAGACCAAAUACGGGAAUGCCUUCAGCAGAAGUGACUCAGAGCUGGUGGUGAGUUACACGGCGAAGAAGUCCUACUGUCGGAGAGCUGUUGAACUAACAUUGGGCAGCCUGGGUGUCAGCAACGAGCUCCAGCAGAAGCUGCAGGACGUCGUCAUUGACAGAAAUGCUCUCAGCCUGGGGAAGGUCCUGGGAGAAGGGGAGUUCGGGUCGGUGAUGGAGGGACGUCUCAGCCAGCCCGAAGGCACCCCGCAGAAGGUGGCUGUCAAGACCAUGAAGAUGGAUAACUUUUCCCAAAGAGAGAUCGAAGAGUUCCUCAGUGAAGCAGCGUGCAUGAAGGACUUUGACCAUCCCAAUGUCAUCAAGCUGCUAGGCGUGUGCAUCGAGCUGAGCUCCCUGCAGGUCCCCAAGCCCAUGGUGAUUCUCCCGUUCAUGAAAUACGGCGACCUGCACAGCUUCCUGCUUCGCUCCCGGCUGGAGAUGGCCCCACAGUUCGUGCCCCUGCAGAUGCUGCUGAAGUUCAUGGUGGAUAUCGCCCUGGGGAUGGAGUACCUGAGCAGUCGGCAGUUUCUCCACAGGGAUUUGGCAGCUCGGAACUGCAUGCUACGGGACGACAUGACGGUGUGCGUGGCAGACUUUGGCUUGUCAAAGAAGAUUUACAGCGGCGAUUACUACCGUCAGGGCCGAAUAGCAAAAAUGCCAGUGAAGUGGAUUGCAAUAGAGUCUCUGGCAGACCGCGUCUACACCACCAAGAGUGACGUGUGGGCAUUUGGCGUUACCAUGUGGGAGAUAGCGACCCGAGGGAUGACUCCGUACCCAGGAGUCCAGAACCACGAGAUCUAUGAGUAUCUCUUCCACGGACAGCGGCUGAAAAAGCCCGAGGACUGCUUAGAUGAGCUGUAUGAAAUCAUGUCUACAUGCUGGAGAGCUGACCCCGCUGACCGGCCAACGUUCUCGCAGCUGAAAGUCCACCUGGAGAAGCUGCUGGAAAACCUGCCCGCCCUCCAGGGGCCCAGGGACGUCAUCUACAUCAACACCAGCCUGCCGGAGGACAGCCCGGACUCCACCCAGGAUUCGGGGUUCCCCCAGGCAGACUCUGACUUGGACCCCGGGGACAUUGCCAAGCCCUGCUGCUCCCAAAUGGAGGCAGCCCUCGUGGCCGUGGAUGUCCACGACAGCGAACGAUGGGGGUCGAGGUACGUCCUCGAGGGCGCCGGUGAGGAGCAGCUGGUCAGCCCCACGGAGGAUGCGUACGUCCCACUACUGCCCCACGGGGCGGCCCGCGAGGGCUCGGCGUGGACCCAGGCCAGCACCUUGCCAGCCGGCAGCUCCCUCGUGCCUGAGCCGCGGUGCGCCGAUAGCUCUGAGGACUCCGCAGUGCUGCUGUGAACGGGAAACCUGCACAAAGCAGAGCUCAGAAAGAAGGACAGAGAGAUUAUAUUUUAAUAAACAGU